AUGCCAGAUGAGGGCAGCGGAAACGAAGCAAAAGAUGACUGGAGAAUUCCAAUCCACCAGUCCCUUGACAAAGGUAUACUACCAACUGACGUUAAAGAAGCUCGGAAACUCGAGUCAAAGGCAGUAAUGUACAACCUCCAUGAUGGGAUACUGUAUAGAAGGUUCGGAAUACCAGCUGCCGUAGUCUCAGACAAUGGCACACAGCUGCAAGGAAAGAAAAUCGACAUGUUGUUUGAUACCUUCAACAUUCAAAAGAACAAGUCAAAUCCAAUAUAUCCUAAGAGAAAUGUACAAGCGGAGGCAACCAACAAAACCAUAACAAUGAACUUAAAUAAGAAGCUCGGAGUAUACAAAAAGAGGUGGUGCGAACAGCUACACAACGUCCUAUGGGCUUAUCGAACCACAAUAAGGUCAGCUACGGGGGAAACUCCAUUCUUGUUGACCUACAGAGCUGAGGCAGUCAUCCCAACGGAGGUAAUACUUCCAACAACAAAAACAAAGGCUUGGGACAAAAAUCUAACAACAGACCCGAUGUUAGAAAAGAUGGAUGACCUAGAAGAAAGAAGGUAG